AUGGAUAUCUCCGACAUCCUUCGCGACCUCGAUCACCACGCUGAAGACCCCUUCGCCGCUCACGAAGAAGACUACAGCCCUAGCCAGCCUUCCGGGGAAGCAGAUCUACAGUCACUAACAAGAGCAUGGAUCAACGAGCGAGGAACAACUGAACUGCUACCAUGGCCCCAAGAUAACCUAAUAGACCGCAUCUCUACACGCAUAAAAUCCCAAGUCGAACGUAUCGAACAGCUAACGGGCGACAUGGACCCCACCACGAACUUUACCCUGAUAAUCCUGCAGACCGAACUCGAGCGCUGGAAAUUCCUCACGCGCUCCUACCUCCGCGCGCGCCUCAGCAAAAUCGACAAGCAUACCCUCUUCUACCUCUCCACCCCAGAAGGAAGAGCCAAGAUUAGCGAGCUGGAGAUACAGUAUGCGACGAGGCGGCAGGGCCUGUUGCAUUCUCAUUUUUUGGAUAGUUUUUUGGCCGCGUUCCCCGAGAGGCUGAGGGAUUUGAAUGAUACUGCGGGCGGGAUUAGCAUGAUUGAGGGCCCGGAUGAGGAGGGGGCUGUGUUUGUUAGAGGGUUAGGGUCGAGGGAAGAGGGCGAGAGGGAAGAUGGUGUGGUUGUUAAGGGGAGAGGCCGGGAUGGCGAUGCGGAGUGGGAGGUAGGGAGGGGGGAAGUGGUUGUCGCAAGGUGGGCGGAUGUUAAGGGCCUGGUUGAUAAGGGGGAGCUGGAGCUUGUAUGA